AUGCAAGCUCGCAACCCAUGUCAAGGGUCCUCAGUCUCUGGUGUGUUUCAGAGCAGGCACACACGGCAUACAGAUAAAGACAUCGCUUUCAUCAUGCAGUCCACACAUGCCUGUCUCUACAUCUUUGUGUUUGGGAUAAUGGUAAUAAGAAUGUCAUCUUCGAAGGCUACAAACAGAUGUCCAUUAUCUCAAAAUGUGGUUGAACUGAAAAGAUAUUAUGAGACUAUUAAGGAUAUUUUGGACACUGACAAAGUCACAAACAUCCGUCUACUGAGAGCAAGUGCUCUGAACAGAAUACAUGUAUCUGAAAAAUGUUGCUUGCUUCUCAAGCUUGGAACAUUCUAUGUGACCAACGUUUUUCCUCAGCUUGACUUUAAUUAUAGUAAAACGCAUAGAGGAUUCACCAAUAUUGCCAAUUCUAUGCUUGGUCUGAAGCAAGAACUCAAACAUUGUCAUGCUACAAUGAGGUGCCCAUGUGGGGAACAGGCACACACAGCAAUGGAAAAAUUCAAGAAUGACUAUUACAAGCUGAAAACACAAGAUGCUACUCUUAAAGCUGUUGGAGAGAUGAACAUACUUUUUCACUGGAUAGAGAAGAAUUUUUAG